AUGGAUGAAUUAGGUUUGUAUUCGACAUAUGAUAAUAUUUGCAAAUAUUUGUUAAAAGAUAAUAGCUUUGAUAUAUCAUUAGGUGAAUAUCAUGAAAUAUUAAAAAAUAGAGAAAAAAAUAAUUAUAAGGGACAUACAUUUUUUGAUUUAAAUAUUUUAACAUUAUACGAUGAAGUAAUAGAUGUUUUUAAAUAUAACAAUUUUUUAAUAAAAAAUUGCAAUUUCUCCUUUUUAAAAGUUACAAGAAAUAUGUAUCAAGGUCGAGUGCAUGUAUUUUUUUCUGAAACAGAAUCAAAAUUUGGUGUAAAAACGGAGAAUAUAAAUGGAAUAGAAAAGAAAAAUGAUACAAAAAGUUAUAAUAAAAAAGGAAACAAAACCAUUAAAAUAAACGAUAAAAAAAAUUUCAUUAUUAAUUUGAAAGUUUGUGGGAACGUAGUUGCAAAUAUAAAAGAUGUCUUAAAAGAUACUUUUGACUCUUUAAUUUUUUAUAUGAUAGACAAAUAUAAUAUAAAAUUAAAAAUUAAUCAUUCUUAUAGAGUAAAGGAGACAACUAAUUACAUUUUAUUAAAUGAAGAAAUAUACAAAUUUUUAUACAACGAAGAUUAUUUCAGAAUUGAUUUAAAUAAACUUCAAUUUGAUAUUAAAGAUUAUUCAUUCAUUUUUUACAAAAAUGUUACAAAUUUUGUUGAUUAUUUCAAAUAUAUUAAAGAUAUUCAUUCAUCUGCUUACAUAAUCUCCUUACUUGUUAGAAUUUUAGCUGAUAAAAAUAGAAUUCAGAAAUAUAGUGCUCAAUUAUUUUUUACAAAAAGAAAUGACGAAUGUAUAUGUAGUCUAUAUUUAAGAUUUAUAAAACAAAAUCAAAAUUCUUUUGAAAAAGCAUUUUUUAAUAGUAAGCUAGUAUGUAUAAAAAAUAUAAUAGAUUCAUUAAUUUCUUUAAUUGAAGAAACAAAAAAAAGAUUAAUGAAUGGAAAAAAUUUGACUUAUCCCGAUGAAUUUCUUUUAUGCUCAUUUGUAAAAUCCUUUUAUUCAUUUAAAUUAAUAGAUUUAGAAAAUUUUAAAAGGAAUAAUCAGGGUCUUCUUUAUAAUAAAAAUGAAUUAAAAAAAAACGGUGAAUAUCAUAUUCCUAUAGUUAAAAAAGAAUUAAAUAAUAAACAGACAAAUAUAAAUGAAAAAGAUACAUGCUUAGAAAAUAAUUCAUUAAAAUGUAAAUUAAACGAAAUAAAAAAUAAUAAAUUUAGCAAUCUUAAAAAUAAUACUAACAUGCAUAAUAACAACAAUGAAGAUAGUAAUAAAAGCAAUGAGGAAAAUGAGAAAAAAACGGAAAUGAGAUUAUCUUGUUAUGAUAUAUUAAAAAGUAAAUAUUCUCAUAAAAAAUAUACUAUUAGAAGUGAUGAUUUAACAGAAAUAAAUGAAAAUAAUAAUUGUAAUAUUGGGAAUAUUCAGCCAUGCAACAGUAAUCACAAUAAUAGGAAUAAUAGAGUUAGAAAUAGUAGACAUGACGAAAAUAAUAUUAUAACUCAUUGCAAAAAUAAUAAUAGCAAUGUUGAUAUAAAUAAUAAGAAUGAUUACAUAAAUAAAAGUAAUAGUAAUAUAAGAAAUAAUAUAAAUGAAGAUAGAAAUAGUAAUUACAGUGAGAAAAAUAAUAAAAGUGGAGGUAGAAAUAACAAAUAUAAUAAUAAUAGUGAUAUAGAAAUGAAUAAUAAUAAUAACAAUAAAAAUAAAAAACAUUUUGAAUUAAAAAAUUCAUAUAAUGCAAAAUUGAGUUCAAAUAAUAGAAGAAAUUCAUUUAAUUUUAAAUCAACUAAUAAAACAAAUGAUAUUAUGAGCAUUAAUAAUGAGUCUUGUGAAAAUAUAAAAAAUUAUGAAGAAAAAAUUCAUUAUGAUAUAAAAAAUGAUAGUAAAUCAAAAAGAGACAAUAAAUUAAAAAAUUAUAUAGAUAAAAAGUGUAUAAACAAUAUAACAUCUCCUGAAUUAUUUUAUACUCUUAAUGGAAAUGAUAUAGAAAUAUCAGUAGAUCUUCAUGAAGAAUAUAAUAAUAAAAAAUUAUUAAAUAAAGUACAAAAUAAUACUAACACAAAUACAAAUAUAGAUAAUAUAAAUUCAGAUAAAUUAAUUAAUACUAAUGAAAAAGACAAUAUGAAUAAAGAGCAUGAAAAUAACAAUAUUUUAAAUUUAAAAAGAAAUAGUCUUAAUGAAGAAAUAUUCAAUAAAAACGAUAAUAAAAUAAGAGAAAACAAUUAUGAAGAGAUUUGUGAAAAUACUACUAAUGAUGACAUAUACAAAAGUGUAAGUGAAGAAAUAUUUAAUAACUUUAAAAAAAAAGAGAGUGAAUUAUAUAAAAACUCAGGGAAUAAGAGAAAAAUUAAAGAGUACAAAAUAUCGACAGAUAAAAAUAUUAUCUUUGAUCAAAUGGUUAUCGAAGAUGACUCAAAAGAAAAUAGAAUAUGUAUAAAUAAUGUUAGAAAUAGAAUAGACUUCUCUAAAAAUAAUGAAGAAGAGAGGGAAAAUGAAAAUUUGAGAAACUUAAAUGAAAUUAGAAAAAAAAAACUUAUUAAUAUAUAUGAAAAUAAUAACAAUAAAAUAAAUUCUGUACAUAAUGUAAAUAGUAAAGAUGAUGAUCAUACAAAUCAAAUUAAUCUAUAUGAUUAUUGUUCUUAUUAUUCUAGUUUUUCUAAUCAUGAUAAUCCAGAAAAUUAUAUGAAUAAUAGAGAAAUCCAAAACAGUGAAGAAAUAAGAGUAAACCAAAAUGUUCAAAACGAAGAAAAAACUGAAAAUAAUGAAGAACUGAAAAAUAAGGAUUUACAAGAUGAUGAAAUUUUAAAAGAUGAUAUAGAAAUAAAUGAAGAAAUAGAAAACAAUGAAAUAAAUCGAAAAACAGAAGAAAAUGAUAAUAUUAAAAAUUAUUAUUUUUUUGAAGAAGAAAAUAUAAUUAAUAGAAAAGAAGAAAUUAUUGAUAAUCCUUAUUUAAUCUCUAAUAUUACUAAUAAUUGUAAAAUUUUAUUAAAUUGUUUGUAUGAAGAAUUACCUAUUAAAAAUGAAGUUUCUUCUGAUGGAGAGAAAAAAGAAAUUGAUAACUUUAGUGUAAUAAAAAAAAUUAGUGAAAAUUUUAUUUAUUUAAAUAAUCAUGAUAAAGUAAAUGUCAUAAAUGUUUUAUAUAAUUAUGAAUCUCUAUUAAAAAGAAUUUUACAUUAUGAAUAUAUUAAAAAAGAUUAUUCAUUCGAAAUAGAAACUUGUAAAUUUUAUUUAGAUCAUAUAAGUUAUAACCAAGAAAAAGAUUCCAAUGAAAAAAGUUCCAAUGAAAAAGAUUUCAUUGAAAAAUAUUUCAAUGUAAAAGAUAUCAAUGAAAAAUAUCUCAAUGAAAAAGAUAUAAUGAAUAGUGUUAGUGAUUAUGAUAAAUACAUGAACGAAAAUCAUUUAAUUCAUUGUGAGAAGGCUAAAAAAAAGAACACCUACAAUUUUCUUGAAAAUAAUAAAAUAAACAAAUUAGUUGAUAAAAUAAAUUAUUACGAUGAAAAAAUUAAAAUUUUACAUAAAAUUAUAAGCACAUAUACUAAAAUAAAUUUAUCUCAUUUAGACAAUAUAAAAAGCUAUGUAGAAUUAACUGAAUAUAUUAAAUUGUGUUCAUUUAAAAUAUACCACAACGAAUCAAUUUCUGAAAAUGAAAACGAAAACAUAUAUUUAAAUAAUUUUAAAAUGCAAAUUAAUGAGAUAAAAUAUAAAAAUAAUUAUUGUAAUGAUAUAUUUUACGAAAAUGUAAACAAUUAUAAAUUUGAAAAGGAUGAAAAAAAAGACUUGUAUCUAAAAAAACCUAAAGAUUUAGAAAAUGCAAAAAAAUGCAAAAAUAUAUUAAAGAGAAAAUUUCAAAAUUGCUUUAAUGAAAUAAAUACAUGUGAUAAUAGAAAUGGCAAGGAAAUAGUCUUAAAUAAUUCAAUAUUUGAUAAUAAAAUAAAAUAUAAUAAAAAUCAAAAUAUUUUCAAUCAUAGUUGUUCCAAUAUGAUACAUGAUAAUACAUCAACAAAUUUCAAACAAAAAAAGAAAUUUGGGAAUGAUAGUAUCAGUACCAGAACACAAAGGGCUUCAUUUUAG